AUUUAACGACCGAUCUAAUGGAAGAACUUGGUCCUCUAGUCGAAGCUGCAGAGUUUCUUAAGGGAGGCUCUUAUGCAACGAUGACUCCUUUAAUGAUGAUGUCGGAAAUGAUAUUACUCUUGAGAAAUAUCCUUAAAGUCAACACAUCAAUCGAAAACCCUACGGAAACAAAAGUUUCUGAAGAGUUGAGAUUACUUGCUACUUUGCCCGACCCGCGUGGUAAAAUUCUUAACUUUGCAACAACAAUGCAAAUUAAAAGA